AUGGUCAACAUUGUUUGUUAUUGGACGUUCCUAAUUCUGGUGGCCGUUUCAAAGGCCCAGGAUAAUGAGGAAGCUACUGCAGUUGCCACAUCUUCAGGUGAUUUGACUGCGGAUAAGUGUAACACAUCGAGAGCUGGCUGCUGUUCUGAGCUUUAUAUAGGGGAAGAGGACGACCUGGUCAAGUGCUUCGUUAUACACUCACCCAAGUUGCCAGUGGAUGGAGACGCUGACAUGGGCAAGACCCUGAGGUUUCUAUCGUGCUUUGUGGAGUGCCUGUACAAGCAGAAGAAGUACAUCGGCAAGAGUGAUACCAUCAACAUGAAGAUGGUCAAGCUGGAUGCAGAAAAGACUUUUGUGGACCGGCCCAAGGAGAAGGAUUAUCACAUUGCCAUGUUCGACUUCUGUCGCAAGGAUGCAGUCGGGGUCUACAACCUUCUGAAGGCCAGUCCUGGGGCCAAGGUGCUCCUGAAAGGAGCCUGUCGCCCCUACCUAUUGAUGGUAUUCAUGUGCAUCAGCGACUACCAUCAGAAGCACGAGUGUCCCUACUUCCGGUGGGAGGGCACUGCCAAGGAAGGAACUAAGGAUCUGUGCGAAAAUGCUAAAGCCGAAUGCUAUCAAAUAGAUGGAAUUACAUUGCCCACAAAGAGUCCAGCCUAAAAUAACGAAAAUAAAUAACUGAAUUUAAAACUCCAAAAUGUCAUGUAAUAAAAUUAAGCCCAUAAACGCAGUAUGUUUUUUUGUU